UUUCCACUAAAUGGCCAGGUUCUUGAACAGUGUCUGAUAGUGUGAUGGUCAUCCUUUAGCUAGUUGCCCCCAUUUAUUGCACUUGUCUUUUGCUUUCCAAAAUCUCUCUUCACUAAAUGCUCUUUGCCUCCCUUUUUCUCUAAUCUCUCCUCACCUUUUGUCAUUGUUUUUGCAGCUUUCUCUCUCUGCCCUAUAACUAGGGUUUCCUCCCUUAACUCUCACAUCUGAUGAUGAAGCUAGCUUUGGAAUUUUCUUCUUUUACUCUCUCAAUGUGAUCUGCAUAGUCUUCUUUCUUCCUUUGUACGUACAAUCAAACUAUAGAUCUUGAAAAAGCCUACACAAGAGCAAAAUAUAAUAAAGGAAAUAGUCACAGAAAAGGUAAGAAAUAUUUCCUGUAAGGAAAAUGGUGAAGGGUUAGAAUUGCACCUGUGAGAUCCAAAGCUGCUUUAGAAUAAUGGGUCUCUGUAAAACUUCAACGGGUAUAGCUAGGUAUUAUAUAGUGGAUGGCUUCUUCUAGUUAUUCAAUUUCUCCAUGUGCUGCUUGCAAGUCGUUGAGGAGAAAAUGCUUGCCAAAUUGCAUAUUUUCACCAUAUUUUCCGCCAGAAGAGCCUCAAAAAUUUGCCAUUGUUCACAAGAUAUUUGGUGCUAGCAAUGUGAACAAGCUGCUGAAUGAGGUCCUUCCUCACCAGAGAGAAGAUGCUGUGAAGUCUCUUGCCUAUGAAGCUGAAGCAAGGUUGAAAGAUCCUGUCUAUGGUUGUGUUGGUGCCAUUUCAGUCCUCCAAAGCCAAGUCAUUAAACUCCAAAAGGAAUUAGAUGCUACUCAAGCUGAUUUGAUCAGGUAUGCCUCAUCAUCACCAUCGCCACCAUCAUCAGUGUUGUUUGGAAGAUCUAGGAUGGGUCAUGGAGGAUCAUCUUCUGCUUCUUAUGAUCAAAAUUCUGUUUUCUAUUAUCCUUCUCCUCGGAGUAAUGAAACUUGUGGUCACACUCAAGAAAGAGGAGAUCAUGACAAGCCUACCGAACCAUCAAAUGCACAGGACAUCUAGGGGACUCGAACAUCCGUUCUGGAAUAGACAAGUUCCGAACCUCUGGGGGACUCGAACAACUACUAGAUCAAUGUCCAAUAAGGAUUCAGACAAGCCUAACAACAUGGGACAUCCGGUCUGGUAUUCUCUAUUUUUGCAUAUCUUACCUGUGGAAGAGAUCAAGACAAUAUCAAUUAGUUUAU